UCCCCUCACCACAAACUUCCAAUUCCAGUUUUCGCCCAAAUUUCCCAAAACUUCCAAAUCUCUCUCACCUAUACCAACAUGGAAUCCCUCAAUUCCGUCGCCUCCUCCACCAAUUCCCUCCGAUUCCUCCCCAGCAGCCCCAUCUCCGGCGGGCGGCGGCGGCGAGGUCUUCCCUCGAGAGUCACGGCGUCGUCGCGAUCUCGAGAGGCGGACAACAGCGGGCGAAACAACCACUACGCUAGCGGGAAGCUGGUGGAGGAGAGCAUGAUCGUGCUCCGGAAGCGGAUCCACGAGAUGAAGAUGGCGGAGCGGGAGGCGGCGCCACCGGCCGACUGGCUCGAGUGGGAGAAGCGGUUCUACAGGGACUACGAUUCGCACGUGUGCGAGGCCCUCGGCUACCUCCAAUCGCACCUCAUGAACACAAGGCCCAGCGUCGCCUUGGCCUUCCUCACGCUCCUCACUCUCAGCGUCCCCGUCUCCUCCGCCCUCAUUCUCCACCGCUUCUUCCACAUCGCCGCCGCCCUUCUCGCCGGGAUCCACCCCAUUUAGCAAUGCCCACGCCUAAUCCACAAUACGUCGUCGUUUCGUUUUCGUUUUCCCUUUUAUUUUAGAGGAGUAGUUGUAGUUGGUCUUUCUUUGUACAGUUUGGAUCCGAUUUUUAUUUUUUAUUUUUCUGUUAUUUAAAUUAAACGGUCAAGUUUUUGUUGCUAAAUGAAGUUUUAAAGGACGGAUAUUUGGAAAAUACCCCAUAAGUCAUAACUUUAAUUAAUUACCUGAUGGCGAUUUUUCCUUUUUUU